UUUUCCUCACUCACUUCUGCACACUAACAAGUACCAAGCCCUGUAGAAGGCGAUACAGAAAUUCGCAAGAGUUAAACGGACACGAUCAGAGGUUUGCAGCGAGAGAUCUCAAUCCUCUAAACUAAAGAAUGAAUUUCUUCAAAUUCCAAAACCUCAAUCCCAUUUACAAAACCCUCCUCUCCAGAUUCCACACCCAAGGCAGCAACAAGAACUUCAAUCUCCACCCUCACAACCGCAUCAUUCAGGCCCUCGGUUCUUCCCAAUUCUACGAUCACUACCCCUUCGACCCCACACACAGCCCUAACUACAAGAUUCCGAAGAGGUGGCAUGUCGGUCACUCUCACCACCACCGCCGCGACGAAUCCAGCAAGGAGGCCGAGAACAUAUUCCGGCUGGGACUCGCCGCCGACUUCGGCUUGGCGGCCGGGAAGGCUUUGACCGGUUAUCUUUCCGGCAGCACUGCGCUUAUUGCCGACGCCGCUCAUUCUGCCUCCGAUGUGGUUCUUAGUGGCGUUGCUUUGUUGUCAUUUAAAGCUGCAAGGGUUCCCAAGGACAAAGAACACCCAUAUGGGCAUGGUAAAUUUGAGACUUUAGGAGCGCUUGGGAUUUCUGUAAUGCUUUUGGGAACAGCUGGAGGUAUUGCGUGGCAUGCUUUAGAUAUUUUGAUGGGAUUGUUGUCUGCACCUCCUGAAGUAGUAAGUCAGUCGCUGGGUCAUGAGCACGUGCAUAGUCAUCAUCAUGGUGGGCAUCACCAUGGAAUUGACAUGGAUCACCCCAUCCUAGCUUUGAGUAUGAUCAUAAUAUCCAUAUCCGUUAAAGAAGGGCUGUACUGGAUAACAAAGAGAGCGGGGGAAAGGGAAGGCAGUGGGCUGAUGAAAGCAAAUGCUUGGCAUCAUCGUGCUGAUGCUGUUUCCUCAUUUGUUGCUCUUAUUGGGGUUGGAGGAUCUAUUCUCGGUGUGAAGUUUCUAGAUCCCCUUGCUGGGAUAAUUGUCUCGGGCAUGAUCCUGAAAGCUGGACUUGAAACAGGCUACCAGAGUAUAUUGGAACUGGUGGAUGCAGCAGUCCCUUCACAACAGUUGGAUCUCUAUAAACAAUCAAUUCUACAAGUUGAAGGCGUGAAGGGAUGCAAUCAUAUUAGGGGAAGAAGGGCAGGUUCCUCUCUUCAUCUUGAUGUAAAUAUUGAGGUAGAUCCCUUUUCUAGUGUUAGUGCCGCUCAUGAUGUUGGUGAAAGUGUUCGUCAUCAGAUUCAGAAAUUACACCAUGAAGUGGCGGAAGUCUUCAUACACAUAGAUCCUGCAAUUUCGCUUGUCUUGGAAAGCAUAACAGACCAACAAGUUAACACUACGGAAACAAAUUGGCAGAGUAGGAAUCUCUCCUCAGACCUGAAGGAUAUUGAAGACAUUGUGUCGAAUGUAUUAUCAUCGAAGUUCUCAGAGAAAUUGGUUCUUCAGCGCACAACACGUCACUUGCUUGGAGACAAGAUUUUACUUCAAAUAGAGGUCUCAAUGCGUCCAGACAUGUCAAUUCGAGAUGCAAUAAAGGUAGCAGAAGAAGCAGAGAGAGAGAUUCUGAAGGCAGCUUCUGAUGCUGUUCAAGUCUUUAUUCUACUGCGACUUGGACAUACGAUCCCAGAGUAUUCUAGUUUAAGUCACUAAACGUUAAUUAGAAGGUAUAACAGGCAAAGUCCCCAUGUUUAAGGGAUGUGCAACGUGUUACAUGCAUGCUGUGAUCCUGUGAUACUAUAGUAUUAACAGAACCAUGGGCAUUGGUUGAAGUAUCUGCUGAAUGGAUACAUUUGGGUUUGGCUUCGCGUUGGUUCAUUCGGGCUUUAUUUCAUGUAACGGGUACAUAAAUACUUCCAGGGUUCAUUCGCUGGGAUAAUUGUUGUAUGUUACUAAUUAGUAGGAAAUAUUAACUUGUUCACUGGAGUAGCAACAAGAAGUUAGCAAAUGGACCUUAUAACGCUACUUAACCUGUGGCUUAAGUUGAGAGAAGCAUGUAUCCUUCUGCAGUUUUCUUUUUUUGGGUUGUGGGCAAUUUUGUCAAUUUUUUAAACUAAUUUUUAAGUAUGUUUUAGACACGAUAGCACUUCUUUAAACAAAUUCACAGAAUUUGGAAGAGAGAAAAGAGAGGACAAUUUAGAUUACUUGAAGCCAGAAAAUUGUAAGGAAGAAGAAUUGAAGCCAAAAAAAACUCUGCAAAAGUGAAAAUAGAUGACAUGAUGAGAGAUCUUAUCCUGAUCAAACUGGGCAGUUUUGGAUUUUUUCAUUCCGAAGAUUGUGAUCCACUAGUUUUAUUUUUUGUGUAAGGUAAAAUUGUAUUAGAAAAUCCAAUUACACAAGUCAGGAGCAUACCCCAAAGCAAAACAAAGCCAAACAAAGAAACAUCAAGCUUCGAACAGCACAAAUCAACACAACAUGCCACCAAAAACUGGCAGGGACAUUCCACACUGAACAAAGAGCCAUGUUAGGACCUGACUUUUUAACUCCUCUCCAGGAGUAACACAAGCUCGGAUAUCGGUUCUCACUUUGAUCUCCACUAGUUGUUCGAUCGUACUCUUUCUGCAAAUCCAGUUUUAUUAGUAGUCCAGUUCAUCUCACCCAUCUUCCAUUUGUUCAAGCAUUCGUACACAACCACAACAUGAUCUUCAUCACUCGACAUUUAAGGCAGAGCCAGCCAAUUGUUGUUCUAAAUUAGUAUUAAUAAAUUAUGUAAAGGAUGGAAAGUGGACAAUAAUUUAUAGCAUGUGUAAAAUAGUAAAUAAUUUAAAGAAAUAGUACGAAUAAGAUUCGUACUGCUACAGAUUUAAUUGUUCUUCGUAAAACCUAGUUUUCAUGGGUACGAAUACUCUUCUUUUCACAACCACAACAUGAUCUUCAUCACUCAACUUAGUAUUGGCCGGCUCUGCCUUCAACUAGGCAUUGGGUUCGGGCAAAUGGUUCUCAGCAACUUCAUUAUCUGCACUGCCAGUACCCGUGAUUUUUUUUCGGUCUUGAGAAGUAUGCUUCUUUCACAACCACAGAAUGAUCUUUAUCACUCGACAUGUCCAGUUGAAGUUGAAGGCAGAGCCAGCCAAUACUAAGUCGAGCGACUCAGAAAGAAGCAUGCUGACCAAGACCAAAAAGAAAUCAUGGUAGUGUAGAAAUCAAUUUCCAUAAUAAUAAAAAGAUAAAAGAGAAAGCAGCGGAAAAAAAAAAAAAAAAGGUGCAACGAAAGAGAUGGUAGUGAAGAAUCAUAAACCAUCGAUCAGAUAAUUGUAGUCUGGAAAAAUUUGUUCUAUUCGACAUAAUAUUUUCCGAAUCAACAAUCCUCACAUCAAUGGCUAAUAAUUCCCCAAAAAUGUCAGAACCCUUUUUCAGACCUUCAGAAUAAAUAUCAAUCAGGAUAAGAAAAUAGCAAAAAUAUAAAGAGAGGCUCAGAAGGAUCCAUUGGUGAUUUAUAAUCAUGGGGAAAAAAAUCCCUUCAGAAAAUAGGUAGUUCUCAUCAUCAGCGCCUCUUCAAACAAUACGAAAAUACACACACACACAGAUAUAAGAGCAAGAGAGAGAGAGAGAGAGAGAGAGAGAGAGAGAGAGAGGGGACGCCGCUUCAC